AGUGUGUGAGUGAGUGUGUGUGUGAGUGUGUGUGUGAGUGUGUGAGUGUGUGUGUGUGUGUGCGUGUGUGUGUGCGUGUUUGAGAGAGUGUCCCUGUCAUUCCCUUGUUUGUGAGGCAUCCUCUCUCCUGUCUUAUCUCUCUCCUGUCUUCCCUCAGGUACAGUCCGCGCGCUCUGAGGGGCCAAGGCGUGAAAACCAACAUCCUGGACGUGGGGUGAGGUCACGCAAAGACCAGCACAAACCACCAGUAAAGGAGGCAACAAAGGCUGGGGAGAGACAGCGAGAGGGAGAGAAGACGGGCAGAUCGAGCAUCAGAUGUGCCAAGGAGGAUGGCUUGCAGUAGAGUGUCUCAUUUGCUGUUCCUGGGCCUGUCGUUGUUUCACCUUAACCAUGGCCUGGACUGCCCUCCAAUCGUGGACAACAUCGUAGGAAUUCUGGACGAAAACUUUGUUCACUUAUUCCCAAAGGAUUACACGGUCCAACUUCAGGUUGAUCCCAAUGAUCUCACGAAUUCCUCUCUCUGUAUAUGGACCACACUCUCCUUACUGAAGGGAGACUGGCUGGUUCUCCUGCAGCAGCUCUGGCCCGAUCAAGAGAAUUUUGACAAAACCAACUGGAUCAUCAGAGGGUUAAAGCAGCUUAAUGUGUCAACAGUGGAGGGAGCAUCAGAAAAGGGAGCGCAGGGGCUGCGUCCAGAGGCCGGAAGUGGGAGGAAGCUGGUGGCCUUACUGGUCAGCCUGACUGUGGAGGCUCUGGGAAUAAUACAGAAAUCCAACUGUAGCCCCUGCGGAGACGCUGACCGCUGGGCUGGGACUGAUCGGACUCCCUCCACACUGACCUCCAUCCACAAGCCCCUAGUCGGGGCUGCAGGGCAGAAAAUCAAACUGGACAUGGUCCCUCCCUCCAGGAAGCAGACCCUCGCCCAGCGGCCAGACUGUGAGCAGUUGCUGAGGGUGCUGGGGACCAGCUUGAAGCAGACGGACCCUCCCCUCUCACUGGGGACCCUGGCCAAACUGUGCCGGCAGGUCGGAGUGCACCCGCGCCAGAGGAUGGCACUGGUCCAGGAUCCAAGCCCCACCCACAAAGAACUCAGCACUGUUUGACUGGGGGAGGCAGUGCACAUCAGGCCUGAGGGACGUCUUCGCUGCUCAAAUUUCUCUCCUUAACCCCUCACCCUAUCGUCGUGACCCCUCUCCAGACCAAAACCCCCCUCCCCUCUCCUUCCCCCCAUUCAGUUCCCUCUUCUCUCCCCACCAC